CAAGCUCAACUGCGAUUCAGUGUAAGCACAGUGUCGGUUUUUUCUCUCCCUCCUCACCCUUUUCUCUCUAUUUUUCCUCUUUCUCUCUCUCCCUUUUCCUCUCUCUUCUUCCCACACCACCAACCGCCGGAUAAUCCACAUCGAAUAAGUCGCAAAAUAAAACCAACCGAAGCGCCCACCACCACAAUUAAUAAUGACCGAAAUCACGCGCGCGUUUAUCACUACUUCCACCGCCGCCACGAUCACCGCCGCCGCCGCCGCCGCCCUCGAGGAGGAGGACGAGUGGGAGGACAUGGAGGAGGACGAGGAGGACGAGGAGAAGAUAAACGAGGAGGGAGGGGAGGUGGACCAGAAGGACUGGGACUGGGAGGAGGAGGAGGAGGAGGGAGCCGAAGAGGACAAGGAGGACGGGGAGUGGGAGACGGACGACUUCGGAGGAUUGAGGCCGAGGGAGUCUUUUUUUUAA